UUUUUUUUUUUGGUACUUGUCAUGAUGAUUUUUUGAAUAUGUCAUAUUGAUGAAUAAGAUAGAAAGAAUCCAUUGUGUAUAUAAACCCACAUUUUAUGCUAGUUUUAUUUUAUUUUUCUUUAUUCAAUCUUCAUCUAAUUGAUUAAUUAAAUAAGAAAAAAAAAUGGAUUCUCAACAAGCCAACAUUAGCAGUUUUGUUCAAGACGGUUAUGUCCGUGGUUCUUGGAUUGCUUUCUUUACUCUCUGGGUUCUCUGGGGUCUUUCUUACUUUAUUCGUCAUGCCUUUGGACGUACUGGUUAUCCUACCAACACAACAAAUGCUGCUACUGCAGAAGAUCCGGAAGCACAAGCAGCAACAGCGGGUACGACGGGUAAAAAGAAGUUUGGUUCUGGUAUCAUGAACAGUUCCAUGGCUGAUCGUUUGGCCAGAUCCCAUGAGAUUUUGUUUGAAAACACCUUGUUACUCUUGUCUGUCUUGGUCUUGAACACAUUGGGUGUUGGUUCUACUCGUGCUGUUAUGAUUUUGGCCUGGAUUUUCUUUGCUUUUACUGCUUUGGAUGCAUUUACUGAAAUUGGUGUCAACCAUCACUUUAUUCGUAUGGUCUUUAAUCUCUUGUUCUUCGCUGUCACUCUUGCCAUUGGUGGUCUUGCUUUCCAUUACGGCUGGCACCACACUACUUCUGUCUUUUAAAGAAAUUAUCUAGUAGUUAUCUAAUCUUUUUUUUCUUUUCUUUUUACUUAUGCUUAUAAUCCCUUAAUAUUAAUAAAGUCCUUAUUUUACUUUUA